CUCCGUCUCAUAUUUUGCCCCCCGGAGGACAAUAAGAUAAGAACCUCUUCCUGUCAAGGAAACAAGGCGGCUACCUACAGUAGGGACCACAUUUGGGGAAGGACCACGCAGCACUUCCGUCCGCAUCCCGGCUUCUGGAUGUUGUAGUACUGCUGAAUUUCAGCCAUGGGUUCUUCUGGCCUAGCUCGACUGCAGGGGCUCUUCGCUGUCUAUAAACCUCCGGGGCUGAAAUGGUUGCACUUGCGUGAGACCGUGAAGUUGCAACUGCUUAAAGGUCUUAAUGCUCAGCCAUCUCCUGCUCCUGAACAGCGUGUUCGAUUCUUGCUAGGCCCUAUGGAAGGCAGCGAAGAGAAGAAGUUGACUCUCAGAGCCACCAGUGUGCCCUCCCUUACCAACCACAGACUUGUACGUGGUCCAGCAUUCACAAACCUGAAGAUUGGUGUGGGACAUCGCUUGGAUGUCCAGUCUUCUGGUGUGCUUGUGCUCGCCGUGGGACAUGGGUGCAGUCUCCUCACCGAGAUAUAUGAUGCUCAUCUCACCAAGGAUUACACAGUGCGUGGCCUCCUGGGCAAAGCUACAGACAACUUCUGUGAAGAUGGGCGGCUGGUAGAGAAGACAACAUACGACCAUGUGACCCGAGAGCGUCUGGACCGGAUCCUGGCUGUGAUCCAAGGCUCCCACCAAAAAGCUCUGGUGGUGUACUCCAACCUGGACCUGAAGUCCCAAGAGGCCUAUGAGAUGGCCGUGCAGGGUAUGAUCCGGCCCAUGGACAAGUCCCCAAUGCUCAUCUCUGGCAUCCGUUGCCUGCACUUUGCACCUCCUGAGUUUAUUUUGGAGGUGCAGUGUAUGCAUGAGACGCAGCAGCAGCUGAGGAAGCUGGUGCAUGAGAUCGGCCUGGAGCUAAAGGCCAGCGCUGUCUGCACCCAAGUGCGGCGUACUCGGGAUGGCUUCUUCAGGCUGGAUGAUGCCCUCCUGAGAACCCAGUGGGACCUACACAACAUCCAGGAUGCUAUCCAGGCAGCAGCCCCCCGGAUGGCGGAGAAACUGAAAAAGAACUUGAGCCUGAAGCUGGGCUACCAGCAGCUCCCCAGUGCUGGGCAGCCUUGGGGCCUCAAGGGCCCAAGCUCCACUUUGGAGUUGGAAAGCUGUGCGGGGCAGUGAAAGACCAGGCAGCGCCUGGAUGAAGGGCCAACAGGCUCUUCCAUCUGGUCACUCUGCGAGAGGGAGAUCAAGGAGCCCCAAGCCAUCAUCUCAGCUAAACAAAAAGUAGACACAGACUAAGUGCUGAGGUGAGCAGCUGUGGCCGCGGAGCGGAUCAUCCCAGCUAAUUGGGAGGCCCAGGUUAGAACCUUGACAGUCCAAGGCCAGCCUAGGGUUACUUAGUGAAACCUUGACUCAAGGAAAAAUCAAACCAGAGUCAGGCAUGAUGUCUCAGGCCUGUAAUCUUAGCCCUCCAGAGGGAGAAAGGAAAAUGGGGAGUUUAAGGCCAGCCUGGGCUACUUCCGGUGUUCAGCUUUCACACUGAUAGUGAUGCCACUCAGCAUCCCUUCACCAUUGGCGAUCGAUUCACGACUGAUGGUCUGAAUCUGUUUUCACACUGGGAAAGUCUUUUGGUUACAUAAAUUCGAGGCUACACAAAACUUCUUCUCCAGGCUGGAGAGAUGGCUCAGCAGUCAAGAACACUGGCUGCAUUUCCAGAGGUCCUGAGUUCAAUUCUCAGCAACCACAUGGUGGCUCACAACCAUCUGUAAUGGGAUCUGAUUCCCUCUUCUGGUGCAUCUGAAGAGAGCAACAGUGUACUCACAUAAAAUAAAAAUAAAAUCUUUAAAAGAAAAAAAAAAGAACCCCUUUUCUCCAACACAAUAUAAAAAGCCCAGAAUUAUUUUUAAAAGGUUUUAUUUCUUAUGCGUGUGAGUAUUUGCAUGCAUGUUUUGUGCAUAUCCCAUGCAUCAUGGAGGCUAGUAAGAGUCCUGUGGCUGGGCUUAAGGCAGCUGUGAGCCACCAUGGAGAUGAUGGGAAUUGACCACUGGCCCUCUGGAGGACAGCCCCAGCCACUGUCCAGUUUCUCCAGAAUUUAAUUGAGUUGCCUGCCCUGUGAUGCAACUGUAACUAUCUAGUACCCUGGCUGUAAACGGGCUGAUCAUUGUUCCUAUCUGCAGUGUAACACUAGCUGGAAGCAGAGGAUGGUGUUCGCUCUUGUGCUGGUGGAAGGAGUGGUGGGGAGAAGACAGCGGGUUUAUAAAAUACAGUGUUUUUGUUCUUUGAGAAA